CCACCCAGCAGGGGUGUUUAAAGGCCCGAAGGGUGGGUGCCAUCCUGUCCCACUCGGCAUCAUGGGCACCUGGGCCUUCCCCGCGGCCCUUUUCCUGCUCUGCCUGACUUCUGAAAGCCUGCAAGGCGGUGAGGGCGGAAGGCGGGCAGCUGAGGUUGCUGAGGUUGGGUUUGGGGGGCCUAGGUACAGCCCUGGGCCAAUGCUGGGGCUCCGGAGAGACGGAGGCUUAGGGACCCCCAAUGGCUACAGAUCAGGCUACGGCCCCCCCAGUGGCCUGGGAGCAGGAUUUGGGAACGGGAAUGGCCUGGGAGCCCAGCCAGGCAUUGGAGGGGGUGUGAAACCCCAGAAGCCAGGGUUUGGGAACGGAAAUGGGCUAGCAGCAGGGGCCUUCCCAGGUGCGGUCGCCCAGCCAGGUGUGGUCGCCCAGCCAGGGGCGGUGGCCCAGCCAGGUUUUGGAGGUGGUGUGAAACCCCAGAAGCCAGCAUAUGGAAAUGGACUGGUUGCUGGUGCCUUCCCGGGGCUUGGAGCCCAGCCAGGCCCUGCGGCUCAGGGACCAGGAGUUGGAGGGGGCGUGAAACCACAAAAGCCAGGAUUUGGCAAUGGGAAUGGGAUGGGAGUUGGAGCCCAGCCAGGAUUCGGGAACGGGAAUGGGCCGGGAGGCGGCGCCUUCCCAGGAGCAGGAGUGCAACCAGCCGGUGUGGCAGACCGCCGGGGAGACGGGGACUGGACCCUCACCUGCUCCCUGUCUCCACCAGGCUUUGGAGGGGGUGUGGAGCCCCAGAAGCCGGGAUUCGGGAACGGCAAUGGGCUGGCAGCCCAGCCAGGCCCAGCGACCCAGAACGGAUAUGGAGCAGGCUUUGGUGGGGGCAGGAAGCCUCAGAAGCCAGGAUUCAGGAACGGCAACGGGCUGGGAGGCCAGCCAGGCCCCGUGGUUCCCAUCAGCUACGGACCAGGCGUCGGUGAAGGCGGGAAGCCCCAGAAGCCAGUUUACAGGAAUGGGCUGGGAGCCGGAGUCUUCCCAGGCCUGGGAAGGGGCAUGAGCCCUCUGAAGCCAGGAUAUGCCCCAGGGCCUGGGCUGCAGCUCCCGGCAGCUCUUGGAGGGGGUGUGAAACCUCAGAAGCCAGGAUAUGGCAAUGGGAUUGGGGUGGGGGCCCAGCCAGCUGUGUCUGUCCUGGAAGCCACUGAGGGCUGGUGGUUUGGCCAGGCUGAGGCCAGGAGAGCAGCCUGGGGUAGGCGCCAACUUGGGCUCACUGCCCUCCCCCCCCCCCCCCAUCUAGGUCCCUGCAAUGGGAGGGUCCCUCCACUGCUGCUCCCCAGGCCUCCCACUUCGGGGGUCCCUUCUGACAAAGGGGGCGGCUGGGGCCCCAAAUCUCAGCCCCCUCCCCCACUGCAGAAUGGCAAGUUCCCAGGAUACCGGCCCCCCAACGGCUAUGGAGCAGGAACAGAACUGGGCUUUGGUGGUGGCCUCAAGCCUCAGAAAGUCGGGUUUGGCUACGGGAAUGGUCUGGGAGCCGGGGUCUUCCCUGAGGCCCACCUGCAGCCAGAGUUCCCUGGGGCCAAUGGCUUUAGGAAUGGGUUCGGGGAAGAAGCGCCAGUCUACCCCAAGGCAGCAGCUCCAGGCCCUGAAGGAAAUGGUCAGGCUGGGACCCUAAGGGGCUCCUCUUGGCCCUCCGUCCAGCCCUGGGUGCUUGCCCUGAGGCCUGGAUAUGGGGCUGGAGGUGGAUAUCCAGGGGUCAGGAGCCAGCCAGGCACAUAUGGACAGCUGAGGCCAGAGCUGGGCCCUGGACCCUUCGGCAGCCCUGAGGUGAAGAGAGGUGGCGGUGGCCUGCUGGGAAAUGGCUAUGGAGGCCACUGUUCUCUUGGAAAAUGCUGAGCGCCGAGGCCCUUCCAUCACCACCCAUCCUGAGUGCCUCAGAACCACAGCCCGGUGUGGGUGAGGACGACCAGACCCUGGGGCUUGGCUUCUGGCCUGGGGUCUCCUGCGGGCUGAAAGUAUUAAUAAAGACCACGU